UGGAGGUGGAGGAGAAAGAGAUGGACCCCUCGGCCUCGGCCUCGAGGGUCUUCUGUGGCCACUUUCUCAGCAUGAUGAAUCCUGAUGAUGUCGAUGCCAUCAUCCUGGCACAGAAGAACAUGCUGGACCGCUUUGAGAAAACCAACGAGAUGCUUCUGAAUUACAACAAUCUGUCUAGCGUUCGACUGCAGCAGAUGAGUGAACGCUUCAGGUACCACACUCGCACCUUGGUGGACAUGAAAAGGGACCUGGACAGCAUCUUCCACAGGAUCAGGACACUGAAGAGGAAGCUGGCCUGGCAGCACCCAGAAGCCUUCAGUCACAUCCCAGAGAGGUCAUUCCUAGAAGACGAAGACCCCAUUCCACCCAGUAUCACCACGACCAUCACCACCCCGGAGCAGAUCACAGGCUUCUGUGACACCAGUCCUGAUACCGUCUCACCAUCUCUCAGUCCUGGCUUUGAGGACCUGUCACAUAUUCGACCUGGUUCCCCUGCCAUCAAUGGCCACAGCCACACAGAUGACAAGGAAGAGACACAUGGAGAAUAGCCCCCUUUCCCACCAUCCCAGAAAGG